AUGGAAAACGCGGAAGAUCAGCCUCCACCAUACCCAGUUAAUCCAUCUGGACCUCAGCCAGAAUCUAGAGGAAACGCUGUUGCACCUAUUUACGUUGUCGGACAACAACAGCCAGCUGUAAUCUUUCAACAACCGAUUCCCAUCGAUCCGCGCUCUCUCGGUCCAUAUCCAACUGUUGUUACUUGUCCGAAUUGUAAACAAGUUAACCCCACUACAACUUUUGCUGAACCAGGACUCUUGACUUGGUUGGUUUGUUGUGGAACAGCCAUCAUUGGCCUCUGGCCGUGCUGUUUGCUUCCAUUUUGUGUGGAUUCUUGUCAAGAUUCAGAGCAUCGAUGUGGAAAAUGCAAGAAAUACAUUGGAACUUAUAAACGAAUU